AUGAGCCUUCUGUUCCAUGAUCUGCCAUCCUCCAUGAUAAGCUCAGAAACCCAUUUCACAAAACUAAUAUCUCUUGAGGACGGAAGCUUGCAGCCGGAGAAGGUGGCUUCUAUGGAAGCCGGAAAUCGCUGGCUGAUCUCGAAUUUAUUGUCGAAGAAGAUGAUUGGUUGCGUGACCGGAGAAGAAGGCUGGCGAGAUUUCAGCGUGAGAAACUUCCGUGAAAGAAAAGAGGCUGGUUCCCUAUAUAAAGCUGCACUUAGCAAUUGCUUUGAAGUGAAAGAUUGGGGGCCAAUUGAAUGGAGCAUCUUGGCCAAACAUUUUGAGCGUCGAGGAAAAUCGCCAUACGCCUAUCAUGCAAAAUUGUUUGAUGAAAUAAGAAGAAAUAAGAAAGGAAGCAGGCAGCACAAAUUCUAG